AUGAUUACACUGGCUGAGCUGACACUUUUGGAGAAGUUGGGAUACAAUCGCAUUGAUGGACCAGCUCCUUUGGUGAAGCAGUGCAGAUAUUGGCAAGCCCAAAAGCCAAUGGAACACUGUGAGGACGCCAUGCUCAACUGGGCCAUUAGCCCAUCAUCACAGCAAUACCCCACACCGGCGUUGUGGCAGGGAGGUGGCAAUUGGGGGGAUUUGUGGCCCAAAGCUCAUAGUCCUCGAGAAAAGUCGAUGGAACCGCUGCUGCGAAACAACUAUACGGUGGUUUCCAUGCCCCAGAGUCUUUACUUUCAGAAUCCAAACAAUGAAGUUCAGUUGACUUCGGCUAUGAAAGGAAGUAUUGCACGUGGCCUGGGCCGGGACGAUCACUUUCUGGAUUCGAACGAGGGCCGCAAGCAAGCCGCGGCACGCGUUGUCCUUUCUUGGCGAGAGCACGACAGCUACGACAAAGCGCAACAAUUGUACCCGUUUGCUACACACAUACUGGUGCCUGACAGUGCCUUUCAGCUAGGACCAUUCUCACCAAUAGUUCCAGAAGACGAAUCUUUGAAGGUAGAUAUAGUUUUGUUUCUCCGGGAUGAUAAAGAGUCCAAGUACAUGCCGCAGCGCAAUCGGCGUGCCAUUCAAGAAAUCCUAUCAAAGGUACCCAAUGGCAAGAACUUGUCUUUUACAAUUGUGGACUGGUCCGAUCGCUUGAAACUAUUCAAUUCAAAAGACAUCCUUUUCACAAAGACAGCCAUCCAACUCAUGAGUAUAGGGAAAGUGGUCGUCUGCGAUCGACUUCACGCUGCCAUUUUGUCGUAUUUGACGGGAAUUCCUAUUGUGUACCUUGAUCAGCGUACGGGUAAGACCACCAAGACCUUUCGCGUGGCAUUUGAGCUAGAAGACGGUUGCUUGGAUGGAACAAAGGCCAUGUGGUCUCAAGCAUUGAAUCUGACCGACGGCAUUCGGCAAGCUGUGGGUUUCCUGGAUUACUACGGACUUUAG